AUGGUGAAAAUCAAAAUCGGAGGGGAUGAUGGCAUUUCCACUUACACACUGUUGAAAGGACAGUCUGCCAAUAGAGCAGUAAAAGGAUGGGAAAUGAAGGUGGAUAUUGAUGAUAACGGGGUCGUGAGCGGAUCCAAUAAGAACGAAGGAUCAAAAGCAAAAAAGACAUAUUCCGGAACCUAUCUCAAUAAUCAACUUGAUGUACGAGUAACAGUUGAUGAUGGCAGAGUCAUUACCUACAAGGGCACAUUCCCUCUCGUAAAUGGGACUCUAGUCAAACUCGACUUUGUUAUGGAGAAUGGAGGAGGUGCACUUGCUUUGAGGAUCGUUUUAGGUGAGCCUGAAGUACUUGUAGAUUCACCAAAACAAAAAAAAAACAAAAACAUUAAUAACACAACUCGAAUGGUCAAAAUCAAAAUUGGAGGAGAUGAAGGUACUUCCACCUAUACUGUCUUUCGAGGAGUUCCAGCAAACACGACUGUUAAGGGAUGGGAAAUGAAAAUUGAAGUGGAUGAUCAGGGAGUCGUAACGGGAUCCAACAAGAAUGAAGGAGCAAGUGCAAAGAAGACAUAUGGUUUUGUUCCUUAA